GCAACAAGAAGGACCGUGGGCGCGUAAGCACCUCACUCCUCCGGUCUAUUAUUCCUCCCAUCAUCCGGGCCUUGAAGCUCGUCACCGAUGGACCAGCGGAACAACCCGUAUGGCAUGCCUGGCGGUCGCGCCGGGAUGCCGAACGGGAUGCCCCAGCAGCAGCACUACGGGAUGCAGGACAUGAUGUUUGACCCGCUGCCUAUGAACAAUGGCAUGUACCAUCCGCCGCCGCCCAUGCAUCCGCAGCACGGAGGCAUGGGAGGUCUCAUGCAACAGCAAGGCUUGGUAGCGCCCGAGGACGACCCUCGCUUCGUGGAUGACCUACUAGGCGCUCUAGGCAACGACCCCGCGGGCCUCGGUGUGCAACAGCAGCAACAGCAUCUCGGUCAGAUGGGCCACUACGACCAACAGCACAUGAUGGCGCCACACUCGCAGACUCCCAACUUCCAGCCCGGGCGUACUCAGGGAAUGCCCAUGACCAGCCAAGCUCCGCUCAUGCAGCAAGGAGGCAUGCCUGGGUCUAUGCACCUGAACCAGAUGACGCCUGUCGGAGCACCGUCGCGUAUGAAUACGGGUAUGCAGCAGCAGAAUAUGGGAGCACCAGAAGUGUCGUCAGGUCUUGGGACCCUCGGGGGCUUAGGAGCCUCCAUCCCCACACCUGCUGCACCGCCUCGACAAGCGGCCGUUGCACCUAGUGCCAUUGUGCCAACCGCAAAGGCGUCUAAGGCUUCUACUUCGCGUGCACUGGCCACGUCCAGUAACAAUGGUGGCAGCAGUGAUGAGGACGGCAACUUGGGCGAGGAUGACUCACAGAAGAAGAAGGAGCGCCGUCGACAGCAGGUGCGCUACGCCUCACGUCGUCGUCGUAAGAAACAGAAGGACGAGGAGAGUUUCCUGCGCGACCGCAUCGCGGAGUUGAAGGAGCAGAUCCGCAUCAUUGGCGGUGACCUGACAGAGCAAUGCUCUCAGAUGGCAGGAAUGAGUGAGCAAGCUCUGACGGAGGCGUACGAGAAGCAGAUGGUGACGGUGCAGACGCUACGCAAGGACAACAACAAGCUGAAGGAGCAGCUGUUGCAGCACGAGAACUUCGCUCGCAUGAUCCAGUAUGGUCUGAAUGCGCUGCCCAGCGACUGUCGUGACGUGGACCGUAAGAAGAUCGCGGGUGUCCCGAUGUGGAUCAGCGACCAGAUGAACCCUCUGAAGGGUCCGACACUGGUGGUGGAUCUGAAUAUGUGUCACGAAGCUGUGCGUCACGCGUACAACGAGCUGAAGACGUUUGGACCGUCGGUGACCUCGAAGACGAACGUGUGUCAUGCGAUGGGCUGGAAGACCGAGUUGUGGGCUGCCAGCACGUGUCUGAACUUCCGAGCGGUUCGUGCGAUCAGUGAUAAGAACAUCCGCGAAGUGGCCAAUGCUUCCUGGGACAUCAUCACGUCUCCCGAGAAGUGCAAACGCAUUUAUCCGGAUGUCAAGCAGUUCCGUAUCUUGCAAAAGGUGACGGAUGAUAUCGUGGUGGUGCACCGUAUCGCGUCGGUGGCGUCAGAUCUUUCUGACCGCGAGUUUAUCUCGGUGGCAUUUCGAUUGCGUGAUGGUGACGACUACUAUAUCGGACUCAAGUCCAUCACGGUGCAGACUGAGGCUGCUGAGAACUGCAUUCGUGGUGAGGAAUGUCAAGGCUGGAUGUUCGUUGGUGGCGAGAACGAGACGUCGCAGUGGAAGGCUCACUUCUUGGGCUACUACGAUGUCAAGGGCGAGAAGGACGACAAGGUGCUGAACCAGCUUGCUAACGAGGCGAUGUUCGGUAUGCUCCGAUGGGAGAGUGAGGCCAUGCACCCGCUUAGCGUAUAGGGCAGGCAUCAGCCUGCUUUGCAAGACUCUCAUUUUUGCCCAACUUCUGACACAGCUUCACCUGCCUAACGCUGCGUCAGACGAAAUAUCUGUAUGCAUGUGCUGACCAAUACUAAAGAAUGCAGACUGGAAGCCGCUUCAGUCGAGCAGAUACAAACCCUAGUAACAGGAACCGAUUACAUUCCGGCAAACAAGUUCUUCUCUCAAUAUAAAUACGUCGA